UAGGCAAAUUUAACCAUCACUAAAUCGGGUUUCUGUAUUUGUCAACACCACAACUCUAACAAAAUGUCCAAACAAUUUGGCCUUAUAAUACCGGGACAGCAAAAGAAGCAAGCAGUAAAUCCAACACGCCCCCCAACCAGGCCAUCUAUAUUCGAUGAAAGUAGCAACAGCUCGGCCAGUGAUAAUGAAGCCGGUGCGCCUCAAAUGCGUCCCACUGGGAAACCUGGAGUGAUUAGUGCGCCCAGUCUUAUGGAGCGUCGCAAGGCACGCAACAUGCAGGAGAAAGCCUUGGCCGAGGACCCAACUAUUUUCCAGUAUGACGAGCUGUAUGACGAGAUGGACAAUAAACGCGAAGAGGCCAAGGAGACUAAACGGCUGGAGCCUCGAAAGGCCAAGUACAUUGGUCGGCUGAUGGAGCAUGCAGAGCGACGCAAACUGGAGAACGAGUUGCGCAUUGAGCGUCAAGUGCAGAAGGAACGCGAGGCGGAGGGCGAAACGUACAAGGACAAGGAGACAUAUGUGACAGCGGCGUAUCGCAAAAAGCUUGAAUCGAUACGGCAGCUGCAGGAGCAGGAUCAGCGAGACGAAUAUCUAGAAGCUAUAGGCGAUGUAACAAAACAAAAGGAUCUCGAUGGUUUCUACAGGCAUAUCUAUGAACAGAAAUUGGGCACUCAAGAGUCGGUGCUUAAGCCAAAGACUGCGCCCAGCACCAGUGAAGUGGCCUAUAAACCGAUCAAGUCUGAUGUGGGCAGCUCAAGCAAAAAGCGAAGUUAUCGAAGGCGUCGCUCCUCUGAGGAUGAUGAGAAUCCAGUACCGAAUACACCUGAAGUCACAGACAAGGCCCAUCUGCCCAACAACAUUGAUGCCGACUCAGACUUUAGCAUCGAUGAGUCCAGCGAUGAGGAGGAGAAGCAGCAGCAACAACUGCAGGCAGAAAAUGCGAAACCAGCAGCGAACAGAAGUGUUGCCAAAACGGCACUCAAAUUAAAGGCGUCGCACAGUCCACAAACAGAUUCCACCGAUAAGGAAAAGCAGCCCAAACCUCAACCAGAUCCAAAACCAGAACCCUCAUCUGAAUCCGAAUCCGAGAGUGCUUCGGUUAAAGAGGUCGGCGAGGAUGUGCCGACAGUUGUGAAAACGCCCAUCGAUCGCACUCACAUUUGGCGUAAGCGCACCAUCGGUGAAGUAUUCGAUGCUGCCCUCGCCCGCUACCAUGAGCGCAAAUUGGCCAGAUCUGCAUGAUCCUCAUUAUUUGUAAAUGAAACGGCAAACCCGAAGCAUAACUAUGCCCGAAUACAGACCCUGUUUGCUUAUUAUUUUAUUGUUAAGUAGAGACAAACUUAUAUAAAUAUAUAUAUAUAUAUAUGGACA